UAAUUAUAUGAAUGAGUUUCCUAUCUCUAACAAAGUGAGAAUACAACUAACAUAAAUUAAGCAGAAGAGGUUGAUCGAUCUUGAUGGGGAAAACCGGCGGAAGCUCAUGGUUCACGACCGUUAAGAAUGUUUUCCGAUCACCGGAGAAGAAAAUCCCUAGAAGAAUAAAUCGUCGACAAGACAACGACCUCGUCGAAGAAGAAAAGGACGAACAACACCAACGACUGAAGAGAAGAAAAAGAAGAUGGCUAUUCAAGAAAGCUUCUUCUGAUUCUUCUGCAAUAGACGUAGGAAUACACAUAAGAAACUCCGGCAACAUUAACUCAACGGAUGUUGACGCGAUUGCGGCUGAGGAAACAGAGAAAACUGCAUCUCCGGCGGCCAAGGAAACCGUUUUUUUCGGCCGGAUAUCUGUCUACCUCAAAAGACACUUGGCUGCUAUUCUCAUUCAGACAGCUUUCCGAGGAUGUCUGGCACGAACAGCGUUUAGGGCUUUACAAGGAGUUGUGAAACUACAAGCCCUAGUGAGAGGCCACAUCGUGCGUAGACGAGCUAGCAUUACUUUGCUUCGGGUUCAGGCUUUGGUUCAGAUCCAGGCUCGAGCUCUAGAACACCGAAAAACACUCACCACCAAUCUCGGCGACGAAACUGCCUUGUCUCAUGCUUUCUCUAAACAGAUGUGGAAAACUACAGCGAGAGAAGCUCAUAGUGAAAGUGAAUUAGAGGACAAAAGACAGAGUAGAUUAAACCGAUACGGUUAUCAAGAAACCGGAAGGAGAAUGUCAACCGAUCAGGCUGUCGUUGAACCGGUCAAGAUAGUCGAGAUCGAUACGUAUAAAACGUACGCACACCACCAACAACUCAACGACCAGACGCCACGUGGACACUCUUGCGUCACAAGGCAAGUCCAUUCAAUACCAAAUUACAUGUCUACCACUGCCUCAACCAUGGCUAGAUUUCGCCGGCCACACAGCGUACCAAAGCAGAGAUCAAACCGAACCGGUUUAGAUAAUAACGAACCAAGAUUAACAUUGGUUAGAAAGCGAUUGUCAUUUCACAAUGAUAAUCCGCAAUCGCACGAUUAUAUUGCCGGUGAUGGUUACUUUUGGUACGACAUCGACAAGAGAACCAAUGCUCACGAAGAUUUUCAGUAUUAAAAUUAACCGAAUCGGUUAAGUGUAGCCGAUUGAACCAUUGACGAUAAAUGAUAUUUUAUUUU